AGAGCGCACGGAGUUCGUCGCUAUUGCGGCCUGCGAAGGCCCGCGCUUUGGCCAGCCGACGCCCUCGGAGACCCGUUUCCCGGCUCCAUGUUCCCGACGUGGGGUUUGUAUGGGGCAACCCCCGGGCAUUAUCCUCCGCCCCCCACAAUGCUUUUGCCGCCUCCGCCUCUGCCGGGUGUGCUGCCAACCUCCAUGCCGCCGCCGCCGCCUCAGGUCCCGGUAGUCCCUCCGCCUGUUUUAGGCGGUUACUCGACCAGCUCGGCGGCUACUAGCAGCAGCAGCGGCACCGGGGGAUUCCUGAGUCUCCAGGAGCAGCACCUGGUCCAGCUCCAGCAGCUCCAGCAGAUGCACCAGAAGCAGCUGCAGUCGGUGUUGCUAGGGGGGCCCCCUCCGCCCGGCCCUCCUCCCCCGAGUAUGCCGCCCCCUCUGCCCGCUUCCUCUGCCGCCAACACUUCCUGGCAGCCGCCGAUUGUCGCCGGACCGCCGGCGGCGCGGAGCUACCAGAAGCAAUUUAAACACCGCGAUCCCCUCCCUCCGCCUUUGCCUCGGGACUCCCAGUUCCGAAAUCCCCCCAUGGCGCCGCUCCCGUCUACAGAUGAGGUUGCCGAGCCAUCGCAGCCCCGCAAGGAGUGGGAGCCCGUGGCUGCCCCGGCCAGUCCUUGCAUGGAUAUGGACAUGGAUCUGUCUUCGCCGCCGCAGUCGCCUCCCCAAUCUUUCCUGCCCCAGGUAGAAGCUGACCCCUAUGUACCCCCGCCUCAGACUUUGCCGGCGCAGAGUCAGAUCCCACCACCACCACAGGCUUACCAGCCCCUUUUGCCCUUGUCUCAAGCAGUUGCCAAGACAUUUUCAGACACCCCACCUCCAACUGUUUCUCAGUCUUACCCAAACCAGUCCCAGACUUACCAAGCCAACUCCCAGCCAUCCACCCAGCUAGGCCAGCCACUUGCAACAUCAGCCCCCCAGCCCGAAUCCCACUUCACUUCAUCCCAGAUUACUCAGAGCGCUUCCGAACCACCAGAAUUAAGACUGAGCAGUGGCCCAGAGAAAGAGUGUGAGCCACAGCAAAGCAGCUCAAGUGCAGAUCUAUCCGCAAUGACCUCCCAGGUAAGGAUGAAGUAACCAUUGCAAUUUGUCUCUGGACUACAAAAACUUUUUUCAUUGUUUAAUUAAAUGUUCUAACUAUGAGGUGUGUAUGUACAGCAGUAGGACAAAAUGUUACAGUGGCUUUUAUUAUGAAUGGGAGGAAGGCAUUAAAUGCUUAAGUAAGAUUCCAUAAAGGCCAAACUUCCCUAUGUUAUUUGUGGAGUCCUUGGUGCAUCCUAACUUUGGUUGUUUUACUUGCAAACAUUUCAUUAUUCAACUAGAUAAAAUCAGUGCUCUAGUGGCGCUAAUCUAUUACAGUGCUCUGAUGUUACUGGUCAUUGCCCUGAUGGUACAAUCAGGGCACUGAUAAUACAUCUGCAAGUAACAAUCAAGCUCAGAAACCACCAAGGACUCAACCCUAAACUACAUACAUUCUCUUUUGGAUAUGUCGUUUGCUCAGUGGUUACUUAGACUUUUUCAAUAGCAUGGCCUCAAUUUUGGAAUAACCUAUAAUAAUGAUAGCUGACAUGUCUACUGUGCUGUGUUUGGGGAGGGGAGGUGUCUUGCACAAUGAAG